AAGUUGGACCAUCGAUCGGCUUUUGUGUGGAGCCGGCAGGGGAGGCGACGCGAGGCUGCGAAAUUCGAAUCGCGAAGAAGAGAGAAGAGAGAAGAGCGAUGGGGAAGACCCCGGUGCGCAUGAAGGCGGUGAUCUAUGCCUUGUCACCGUUUCAGCAGAAGGUGAUGCCCGGGCUCUGGAAGGAUCUCCCCGGCAAGAUCCAGCACAAGGUCUCCGAGAACUGGAUCAACGCUACCCUACUCCUUGUCCCUAUAGUCGGUACCUACAGUUUUGUCCAAUAUUACAAAGAGAAGGAGAAACUGGAACAUAGGUACUGAGGGCAAGGAGAAUAAUCCAAUAUUGCCCUAACUGAAAAUUGUUCCCAUCUAAGUUGUUCGUCGCGUCUCAAGAUCUUGCAAAGUAGUCUUUCAGUGGAAGUUGUAUUGAUUGUUUCACACAUAAUUUCCACCAUUAACUACAGUGGUGAUUAUGUAUUUGUAUCUAAUAAUAUUUGAUUCAAGGAAAGAAAACUUCCUCGAAAUUAUGUAUUUUGAUGUGUUUCAAUGUAAUGCCUUGUGUACUUGCAUAA